UACUACUAUACAGUCACACACACACACACACACACACAUACUCCUUCUCUCACACACAAACACACACAGUGUUAUUCGUACGUGUCGCGCCUCCUGGUCCAUCUCUGACGGGCGCGCUGUGUGAAAAGAAGGCGCAUUCGAACAAUCGCAGUUUGCUUUGGAUUGCUGGAUUGUCGGUGCAGGGUUGUUUUUUAGUGCACUGAUUUUUUUGUAUCUCGCACAACACCAUCACAACAGCCAGCCGCUCGCCGUGUCGUCAUCGCCCAGUGUUUUGUUGCGCACAGCGUGUAUCUUUAAAGUGUUUUAGCAAACAGGGGGCAACAACAAGGGAGUGCUGUCUCAGAAAACAAAAAGCCCUCAAACGGUGAACAACUCCCCUUUUUUUGUUUUCUUGCUACAGACACACACACACAUACACAAUUACAUCCCUCAAACAAAAGGCAACAACGUUAAGUUCAGCAAUUGAGUGCAGCAAAUAAUAAUAAAAAAAAAAUCCCAGGUGCCCCACUAGUCGGUUGUGAAAGCGUGACCAAUACCCUAACGUAAUCUCUCCCACCCCUUCUAUCCACCGUGUCAUCCCUUUCCUUUCAUUUUGUGUCGGUGCGUGCUUGCCUUGAGGGCGAAAGUGUCGAAGGGUUUUUUUUUCUUUUCUUUUUUAUACGUGUGCCCAUCGUGAGUGAGUGAAUUGCCGUGAUACACAAACACAAACACACACACGUACACACAUAAGCAUCAGUGUGGCAAAAGGUGGGAAAAUCGCACAAUUUACGCUUGCGGUGCGCUAAAGUGUCUCCCGCCGAGUGCGUGCUUGUGUGGUGUGUGGCUAGGGUAGGGUGUGAGGCAAUGCCACGCAAGGUGCGGCAUAGUUUCGACGGGAAAACCACAACAACUAGUCUCCAAAGCAGCAGCAGCAGCAGCAACAACGACAAUAACAACAGCACUACUUUUGCAAGGACACCGGCGAAACGAAACGGUGAAGCAUAAUGAGCUUUCGCUGGAAGUGAGUCGAGUUGUUUCUUUUUUUUUAUUCACCACGCACUAAAGUUCAGUCGCCCGAUUGCUACGGCAACAUUGGAAGCAGUGGGUUGGCUUCGUUUGCUGUUAUAAGGACAGAGAGCGGCAGCAGCAAAGGAAGGAAAAGCCGAGGCAGGGUCUGUGAUUGCCAUUAUCAACAGUAACAAACGACGACAGCUACGACGGCGCGAUGGCGUCGUCGUUCGCUAAUUGCUCCUACGCGCCCGAUCCGAGCGCGGGCGACGCGAAUCCAUUCAACUACGGCGAGCGCAGCCUGCUGGACGAUCGUGACAAGCGUGGAGUAACACGUGCAUCAAGCCUAGCCCUACCGAACCACUCACUGCUAGAUCUGCUCGAGCAGAAGCAGAAGCUGUACGACACGAUCCACCUGACGCCACCGCCGAAAGGCAAUGGCACCCGGCGCCAUUCGUCCGACUCGUUCCCGAUGAUCGAGAACGAAAGCUUUCAAAUCCCGCAGCGGCAGAGCAAAAAAUCGUCCCAAGGUAUAGGGCCGGGGCCGCUGGUGCCACCGCCCGUGCCGAAGCGCACCUUCCAGGGCAACUUCCCGCGCAAACCGCCCGACUCGUUCGAGGUACAGAAGCGGGCGUCCCUGCUCGCACUCGACAGCUACCAGCAGCAGCAGCAACAGCUUCAGGCGCAGCAGCAACAGGUGCAGCAGCUACACCAGCAGCUGCAGCAGCAGCUCCAGCAGCAACAUCAGCAAGCGCAACCAUCGUACGCGCCGUUUGGCCGCUCCGAGCGGAUCUGCAAGUCCGCCUUCGAGGAUCAAACCUUCAGCUACUAUCCGGCGCCGAAAAGUGCGAAAAGCGCUGGAGUCUCCGCUGGAGGUUCUGCUAGCGGUGGUGGUGGUGGUGGUGUAGGUAGUAACGGCACCUGCCACAGUGUCAGCGCGACCAGCUUCGACGAUCUCGGCGAGCCGGAUGACUUUGUGCUGUUCAGCAAGAAGAUGGCCUCGAUCGAGUCGAACCGUUCGUCGAGCGAUUCGAACAAAUCGCAAACCACCAUCGACACCGGGUACGUGUCGGCGAACGAAACCGACCGCUCCUUGCUGACCGGUGGCAGCUGCUCGUCCGCCAAGGGCGGCGGUGCGACCUCCUUUCGCAGCCGGUUCUCCUCCGAGGACACCCAGUCGUCGCUGGACAGCUUCCUCUCCUCCGAGCUGCACCGGACCGACACGAUCGAGUCGCUGCCGCUGAACGAUUCGCCCUUCAGCCUAAAGAAGAACGUGUUCAACUUCGAUCUGAAAACGUCCCCGCUGAUCCGGGGCAGCAGCACCGUCUCGCCGAACUCGAUCGACGAAAAGCUGGACAGCUGUUCGCCGCGCAGCAUCGAGAGCAAGGGCUCCCGCAAGCUGCCGACCGUGCCGACCCGCAAAGGACCGGCCAGUGGGAUCGUGAUGCAGCCGAAGCUUCCACCGCCGGGUUCCGCCAGCGCGGGACCGAACAGUCGCAUGACGCCGCCGCUACCACCGUCCCGCUCGCAGCAAGCGUUCGAAACGCGCAAACUGCAGAAGCUGCAGCAAGCGCAGCAGCAACAAACGCAGCUCAACAACGUGGCGUCGGCGCACAAGACAGCACUGGAAAGCUUGCAGGAGCUGUACAGCAGACCGCUCGGCAUCAGGCGCAACAUACAUCGGCCACCGCCGCUCAGCCAGCAGCAGAUGGUCAACGCAGCGGCGAAAGCGUCCCUGCUGGGCGGCCAGCGCCAAGACUCGAGCAUCUCGAGCGACAGCUUCUCCAUUACCUCAAGCCCGGGCUUUCAGAGCAAAGCGAUGGAGAGCUCACUGCUGCAGCAACACACAUCCACCACCAACAGCAGCAAGUUCAACCGCUCGACCAUUCGCGGCAAGCCACCGAUGGACACGGCAACCGCAGUCGGCAUCGGUGGGACGAACGUCGCGCCGAACAACCUGACGGCGCUGAUGAAUUCAGCCGGAUCAACGCCGGGAGCGUCCGUCACGGCAGGCUCAACUUCCAUGUCGUCCGGUACCGGCAGUACCAUUCCCGGCGAAGGUUUGGCGGGAAUCGGUGUGUCCACUGGUACGAUUCGAUCCGUUCCGCCGCGAGUUAGCAUGCGGCAAGAUUCCAGCAUAUCCAGCGACAGCUUUAGUCAAACGUCCAGCCCUAGCUACAACUCGAAGAUCAUGGAGGCGCCGCUCCUAUCGCACGCCGCCAAGAUGCCCAAGGUGUCGAAACCGAUCGCGAAGAACCUGGACGAAAUCACGAAGGAAUCGCCAACGGACGUGAACGGAACGGCCGCCAUCAUUAAGAGUGCAUCGACACCGGCCAGCCUACAGACGAUCGUGCGGCUUUCCAACGGCUCAAACGUUAGUCUACAGCACAAGAAGUUCCAAAUUUUAAAAGCUCGUAAAAACUCCAACCCAUACGUGACGAGCGGCCGGUUAAAGUUCCGCCUCUGCCAGAUAUUGCUGAACGCCGUCGGGCUGCUUGCCAUUGCCGGUGGACUCGCAGCCUACUUCAACGCCUACCCGACGAUCAAGUUCGUGAAUCAAACCAUCACCCGUACGGCGGUUCCAGCGUCCCAGCCCGGCAGUUCCGCAGUGGGCGGUAGUGGCGCUGUUUCCUCAGUCCCGGCGUCCGGUUCGGGCCAAUCCGUGGCUGGAUCACCGGGCCGGACGGCACUGGAUGUGGCCGGUGGUUUCCGUGGCGAUCGUAACCCAGCGCCCGGCGUCUGCCUGCCGGUGAUCGUAAAGUUCUGCCAGCAACAUCGCGUACCCUACAACUAUACCGUCUUUCCGAACUACAUUGGACAUUUUGGCCAGCCCGAGGCACAGAUCGAAAUUGAUCUCUUCGAAGCGCUGGUCGAUGUGCAGUGUUACGAGCUUGUUCCACUGUUCUUAUGCUCUCUGUUUGUGCCUAAAUGCGGUAAUUCCGGUGCAACCGUACCGCCAUGUAAAAGUUUGUGUACUGAAACAAUGCGUCGAUGCAGCUUCUUCUUCGACGUGUUCGGACUGGAGCUGCCGGAGUAUCUGCGCUGCUCGAUCUUCAACGAUGCCGUGUCGGACCAGGAGGAGUGCGUCGGGAUGGCCGAGUACAAGGAGUCGAUCAUACGGUCCCGCCGUCCGAUGGCCUGCACUGGCUUUCUGUGUGACAAGCGGCGCUGCAUACCGAACGACUGGAAGUGUGACGGGCACGUCGACUGUCAGGAUCAAACGGAUGAGGCGCACUGUGACUUUUGCGGUGACGAUGCGAUCCACUGCGGCGAGGGGCAGUGCAUGAGCCAGAAGCACGUGUGCGACGGUACGCCCAACUGUCCGUACGGGCAGGACGAGCGAAACUGCAUUCGGCUCAGCGAGCGUAAUGGUGAUCUUGGCCGGGGUACGCUAGAGGUGUACAAAGCGGACCUCAAACAGUGGGCACCGGCAUGCGUGAAAAACUGGGAUCCAGCCACCUCACCCACCAUGAUCUGCUCCCUACUGGGCUACAGCUCGGUCAACUCGAGCCGCACGGCAAUGCGCGGCUCGAACCGGACGCUCGUCAGCACCAAGGACGCCUCCUCGAUGUGGCGCAUGUACCAGAAGAAGGACGUCAACCUGAUCAAGGAGUUCAACAGCUGCGACAUCAACUCGCGCUACCCGGUCGCAGAGCUGACGUGUUCGAACUUUGAGUGUGGUAAGGUGAGGAACAGGAAGUACUUCAAGGCAACGAAACGCAUUGUCGGUGGAUCGACCUCCAACCCGGGCGACUGGCCGUUCAUAGCGGCGAUUCUCGGCGGACCAGAGGAGGUGUUCUACUGUGCCGGCGUACUAAUCGCCGACCAGUGGGUCCUAACCGCUUCGCACUGCAUCGGCAAUUCUCCCACCAGUCACACGAUGCGCAACGUCAACGACUGGACGAUACAGCUCGGCAUUACGCGGCGCCGCUCGCACACGUACUACGGACAGAAGGUAAAGGUGAAGACGGUCAUACCGCACCCGAUGUACAACCUGCACAUCCCGCACGACAAUGACAUUGCCCUGUUCCAGCUGGCCACCCGGGUAGCGUUUCACGAGCAUCUGCUUCCGGUUUGUUUGCCGCCACCGCACAUCCGGGAGCUGCCGACCGGCAUCAACUGUACUGUGGUUGGAUGGGGCAAGCGUGAGGAGCGUAACUCCACACCGAACGGCGCAUCGUACGAACCGACGCUCAACGAGGUGAACGUACCGAUCGUGAGCCGCGAACUGUGCAUCGACUGGCUAGAAACGUUCAACGUGACGGAGGGCAUGAUCUGUGCCGGCUACCAGGAAGGUGGCCGAGAUGCGUGUCAGGGCGAUUCCGGUGGUCCGCUGCUGUGUCCGUACCCGAACGAAAAGGACCGCUGGUUCGUGGGCGGUAUCGUGUCCUGGGGCGUGCGCUGUGCCCAUCCCAAGCUGCCCGGCGUCUACGCGAACGUGCCCAAGUUUAUACCGUGGAUUUUGGCGCAAAUCAACAACCACUCCGUGCUGCAGACUGACACGAUCGGGCGAUAAUUUCGGGCCACCGUGAAAGUGUGGUAGGAGAGGCCAGCAGAGAUUGGUAGACUUGAAAGACGUGUAAGCCCGUGUAUCUGCGGCACUUGCGCUCACAGCAUUUGUGUGGAGUUAUUUAAACAGCGUGCUUAUGAAAAUGGGCAGAAUAUUUGACCAGAAAAUGAACCCUAUAUUAAAGCAAAGCCGUCGCUCUCAAACAAUCCCUAAAAUACUGAAUGAUAAGGACGAAAAAGCGAAAUUCCCUCCCACCCGUCCACCGAUGGGAACGCUUUCGCAGAGCAGGACGACAUCUGCCGGAAGCAAUGAAUCAUUCAUCGGCCUACGCGUUUUCAUUGAUUCCCCCGCCUCAUACAGACAGAUAACCGGUCAGACAUGGGACGUGAUGUUUACCGUCAACCGUAUCUGUCAAUCAGUGUGUCAGGUGAACGCUGCCCGAGCUCAAACGGCGCCGACAUACCUAACCUGCUGUUCAAAUAUCUCUACAAAAGCGUGAGUGUUCAGUUUAGGCACACAAAACAAGAAGAAUGAUUCAAACACUAUAGUUUACUAGGCACAACCCACUAGGAGUCAAUUGAAGGUGAUAUGCUGCAAUGCUGCAAAGCAAAAACAAACGAAAAAGGAGAUAAAACCCAUUGACAAUAAUGGCUAAUGAGACAAUAAUCAAUUUGUUCGUAAGUACAAUUUGCACACGUUAAACCAUUGCACCACCAAUCGGGAAGGGUUCGCGGGAAGAAGCUGCAAUACAGCAUCCAAUUCCGAUAGGCCCCAGGCACAGGGCACAGUAAUCACGACAAUAAGCAACGCCAAGCAGUAUUGCGCAGUAUCGGUGAUAGUAGGGAACUGGGAAUUCUUUUUUUAUUAGAAAGCAAGCAAAUCAGUUAAGAAGGCAGAGCAAACGAAGACAAUAAGAAGCAUCUGAGUCAAACUCGGAAUAAUAUUAGUCGCCAAAAACGAGAAAUAGAAGUUGUUUGUUUUAGCAAGAGAGGGAUGAUAUCGUUGCAGCAUGAUAUGUUGCAGUGUUUGUGCAACCAGUGGUCGUCAGUAUUUGGUCUAUUUGGGAAGUUCAGUAAAGUCAAUGUUCGGUAUUAACUUGCUCAGCGUCGCGGUUCCGAAUUUUGGGUACCAUUAAAGACAUUACAGGGUUUUCCAGGAGUUCUCAUAGCUGUGGGACACUUUUUUGACUCUUUCUUACUUGAAAUGAACUUAAUGUAAUGGGAAUUGGACUCUAUAGCACCCUUGUUGGACACAUCCAAUAGGAAUUUCCAAGGAGCCUGUCUAAAACGGGUGCCAUAGAAUUCUAUUUCCAUAACAUGAAGUUCAUUUCCGGUAAAGAAAGAGUCAAGGAAGUAUCCCACAACUGUGAAAACUCCAAGAAAACCUUGUAAAAUCGUUUGCUUUCCUUUCGAUGUUUGCUUUGAGCGGUACAAUACGCGAUAAUGCCGUGGAAGCAGGGCAGGGAUAUACUACUGCAAACUGCAACCGGUUGCAAAAAUAAGCAAAAACCCCAAAAGUAGCAGCGAUUGAAAGCAUUUUUAUUCUAUACAAUCUACCACUAUGGGCAUUUAAAGCAUACCUUACAUAUAUUAUAUUGGUAGAUAUACAACAAAACCAACAUACAAAAUGGUAAAUUAUUACGAACCAGAACAAUAUUAUUAUCAUUAUUAAUAUUAUUUUUUUAUUACAACGACUCCGUAUCACUCACUCAGCAAAGCAUCAAGUAGCAUAUUUAUCGACUGUUGUUGCUAUUUGGAAGAGUUUUAAGAGACAUGGUUAGGGUUGGGCAGUGCUACAAAAACGUUGUUGGAAUAUUGUUGCGUUAGGAGUGGAAUGUAAAGCGGAAAACAAGGUAUGGAAAAGGUAAACGAUCUAACCAGAGGGCAAUCGCUUUUUAGGUGUUCUCCAUUCAGGUGUUUGACAGAGAUUCGAUUAUUUAUCAACCCACAAAGGCGCAAAGAGUGUUUGUUAUCUACCGCCAAACCCGUCUACCCAAUACCACGGCACGUGUAUUUUAAUGGAAUGUUGGAGUGUGUGGUUGGAGUUGAGUUUAAUGCUAACGAUGGUUUUGCCGUUUUACUAAUAGAAAAUGUUGUGCAGAUGAGCUGCAGUAAGGAAUGUUUUUGAAAGGAUAUAUUUUUACCCCUCCAAUAAAAAAGUGGAAUAAAAGAACGCAUGACAAUAAGAAAGAGAUGAGACAAACACACAGCUAGCACAUUGUGUCCAACCAUAUCGAGAUGCAUGUGUUGUAUUCACUGUGAAUUUUAAAAUGGAACAACGCACACAAAAAAGAGAUGCAACAAUCAAAUGCCAUUAAACGUUGUCUUGCAACACAGUUUUGCGUUUCAAUACAGUAAACUCGUCUAUUUACAAAUCGCGUGCUUGCAUUGUGUGCUGCUAAUUGUUACAGACAAUAAAUAGGAAUUUGUGUUUAUUUUUUGCUUCUUUUUUCUGUUCCCCCGUUUUACGUAGGAUGUAGAAUGAAUUUAAAAGGUGUAUCAAAUUUUUACACGUGCUAUUGCCACAUCACAAUUUAAAAAGGGUAGCAAUGUUGGUAGCAUGGUGCGUACUUUGUACGGCAGGAAUAUUAAAACAUAAAAGUUCUAUUUGUGUGUGUUUUUUGUAGACAACAAUGUAACAAAAAAGGCUACACACAUACACGUGCGUUUCAAACGACGUGCCAACAGCGAGACAAUAAGCACAUUGCACAGUGGGUAAUUGAGGUUUGUCGAGAGGUUAGGUAUAUCAGUGUGGAUACAUAUUUUUUAUAACUAACAACAAAACACACACCCACAUAUCCACACAGACCCGCAGGGACAAUAAACUCGAGUGACGAGUGGAAAACAGAAAGUAUUUAUGGAUAAAAUGCAUUUAUAAUCCUAUCCCCUACUAGCCCUUUAACAAAACUAGUAACGCUAAGAGAGAGAGAGAAAAAAUACAGAAACACAGAAACUACAGAGUUUAAGGAAGUUUGUGAAGAAGGGCACGUUUAAUAAUGAACGUUAUUACAAUAGGAAUAUUGCCGCCUAGUGAUGAAGACUCGUUUUUUUUUUUACUCAAUAUACUCUCCCAACAAAACAAACACUGUUGUUCGAAUCAGUGCUAUUACUGGACAGCAAUGCCACAUAAUUGUGAAGGUGCGCCACGUGGUGUAAUAGUUGUGCUUUCCUUGGACAAGAAGCUUUUGUGGUAGGCAUGUGUAGCGGUAGUUGAUAGACGUCAGUGUACCAAUCUUCCACGGGUUGAUGGUAGGUUUGGUUCCCACACAAAUCAUCCCGUGUACGCUCAUGAAUUCGUAUAAAAACUGUGUGAUGCGUGUGUGCGCGUGUGUGCGCUUGUCUGUGUGUGUGUGGGGACAAGGUGCGUAGAAUUAUGUACAAAUUUGAAUUAACCAUAUCCCUUAAGCUUUAGUGAAGGCUACACUUCAAACCAGGGCAGCAUAGUAUAUCGUGAGAGCACAGAAUGCCUAUUUCGAGAAAGGGAUGAUGCAAAGGGAGAAACAUUUAUAUCGAGUGAGGUACAAUACACAAAAACCGACACACAAGUAGCCAUUAAACAACAACAAACAACAAAAGACACACCGAAUGAUAGAACUUUAUCGUAAACUGUAACUUAAUGGGCAUUAGUCAACCAAAACGACAUCCGCAGGAGAAAGAAACACAGAAGGCUACAAUUAAAUAUGCUGUACAAGGUAAAACUUCGCACCCAACGGCAUAAUGGGGUAGUCAUAAAAGCCGAACGGUGAAAUGAAUUUGUGAGCAACACUGGUAAAGGGCGGAAGAGUGUAUGUGAAUGUGCUUCAAAGGCAUCCUCUUUAAUAUCAGCUCAACUGCGAGUGUGGUCGAAGCACCAGAUCUCCCUUGUUUUAUAUACACAGAGUCACAACAACUAGAAUUAAACCGAAUCAAACAACAAACGGGCGACAUUGUAGCAGUGUUUAGGCAUAAAACAAUACUAAUGAUAACAGUUUAAACAAGAAUGAACAAAACAAAAAGAAACACACAAACAAUAAACUAUUUGUAGUUGACUAUACGAAUGAAAGAGAGGAAAGGGUGAAAAAGAGAGCGCAAAAGUGAAAGAGUGAGUGAAAGGGUACUGGUUAAGCAUUGCAUUAUUUCAAAAUAUACCUAUAUAUAUAUCAAAUAUCAUAUACAAUUCCUGGUAUAUAGGAAUAGAGCAACCUAUCUUAUGCAAACUACAUGGGAUGUACUAAGCUGCGCAUUAGUGGAUAAUGGAUAGUAGUGAAUAGUGUGUUGGUCUUUUUUGUUUUCUUUUACAAGAAUAAUACAUAUGUGGUUCAAUUUGUAGCAGUAGCAAUUUAUCCACUUUACCACCUCCAAACCCGGAACUGGUCGGAAUGUGUUGUGUUUAUUAAAAGCCCCACAACACACACUUUUUGCCACGUCAUUUAACCGGGCAGAAAUGUUUGGUUUUAUUGAAUGAAUACAGAAGUACAGCAUGAGAUAAUAUUAAUGUGCAAAUUUCAACUGCUUUCUACUUCGGUGGUCACUUAGGAAACGAUUAAUAAUUUCCACAAAAAAAAUACAAAUUGUUUUAUUUAAAAUAAACACGGUUUAAGACACAUUUAAGUAAUAGGCAACAACCGUUCUUAAUACAGCUUUGUGUGCAUCUAAGUGGUGUCAAACUAUGAUGUUAGGGUAAAUGUUUGGACCGAUCAUACACCGAAACGCAUUACACUCACACAAGAUAAUACACCAUACAAAUAACAAUGUUAGUAAAUUAAGAAGGAUUUAUGUUUUUUCACAUUUUCUAUUUUUUUUUUAAACAAAACAACAACAAACCCUGCUACAAAUACAACGCUAAUGUGUUCUUCGUGCUUCGUUAGUGAUGCAUGCCUGUUUGGUAGAGAGGGUUUUUUCUGUUGUAAUCGUACUUGUUGGUGCAUAGUACCAUACCUAGAGGGCGCCACACACGAGUGUGGAUGCGCAAAUGGAUGGAGAGGAUGAAUUUAAUCAAUUUAAACGAAAAUAGAUAUAGCCCAACACAGCCAACCACUGAGCGAAUACACACACACACACUAUGGAAUAGGAGGGGUAGAAACAUUAGAAGAAAACAAACAAAACAUAUAUGCGUGGGUUUCAGCUUUAAUAAAAACAACUAUGUCAUAGAGCAGUUUGUCAGUGAACAAAAGCCACAGCACCAGCAACCCGGUAAACUCGGGCUGGCUGAGCGUGAAGAAAGUGUACAUCGCCUGCCUGCAGACAGCACCAUUACAAUGCACCUACAUCAAAAUACAAUAGUAACGUCACAAUGCAUGGAGGAACUCUCCAACCAACAGUAACCAAUAGUAGAAGUAAGAGAUUUUACACUCAAGUUACUUUACUUCCCUAUAUGAGUUGCUUAUUUACAAGUUUAACAGGAAUGUUUUUGUUGUAACAUUCUAGUACAUAUCAAGCUAAACCACAACUGUUUAUUGCUAGGAUAAGCAUUAUAAAACUUUUUUUUUGUUAUUUUUUGAAAAUCAAAAAGGUUUGUUUUUUCAACUCCAACAAGCAAACAAAUUCACACAAAAAUCCCAAACGAGCAUUGAGCAUAGAGGGAGAACAAUUUUUGCUAACACGUAUAGAAAUAUUAAAGUAAAAGAUUAUAUAUAUAUGUAUAUGUAUAGUAGGAACUAUCACUACCACUUCCAUGUUCUAGCAACAACUAGUAAAACAAACAACCUGUAAACACGCAAACACCCCCCGACACACACACACCCUAACUAUUAUUCCUGCGAAUCAAAUAGAGAGAAAAGAAAAUGAUAGAUUUUAUGUAUUUCUUCAUAUACAGAGAGACAAGCAUAUCUUUUUAAUAAACAAACAAAAGAAAAGACAAGAUCGUAAAAUUUAAAAUUGAACCUAUACAUAUAUAAAUAUACUGCAGGGGUCGCUCGCGCGUAGAAGCAGAAACCCUUUCCUAGCCGUUUCAUAGUGUAGCAGGAGUAGCAGAAGGAGCAGCAUAAGGAGCAGGUGGUUUUGUCCUCAUAUAACCGUGGCGCAUACAGCACAUUUAUACACACAUACAUAUAUCACUGUCCUAUAUUGGCCACAGUAUUAGAUGACGCACUCGAGACAAAAUGUCGCAUAAAUUUAAAGUAAAAGGAUUCACCUAUAGAGGCAUAUUAUAUCUGUCAUACAGAGCCAUAGGAGAUGAAGGUAUUUCAGAGCAGGGUAAUCAGUUAUGGUGAACGCAGUCAUUACAGAGCAAACUUGCCCAAACUCUUUGUGUUGUGUUCUGAACGAGCAAGGUUUCGGUUUAAUUUUUUUUUUGCGAUGUCCGGCAUCGAAACCUGCAAAAACCUUUUACGUCUAGGAGGGUUAAUGUAACUGUUAAAUAAGGCCUAUGUUUGUAACAGACAAGAGCAAAAAUUCCCGUGUAUAGCUUAUCUGCACAAAGCCACACAUACAGAACGCUAAAACAAAGUCAGUAGUAAGUUAAUUAUUUGUUCAUAAUAAAACACGCAGUCAAAAACGCACACAUAAAUUUAAUGUUAAGCCUAAACCCAUUUGAACCAUGUAAUGAAUUCGCAACCAUGUUCGCCUCACAGUGAAACGAUCCAACCGGUCAACAGCUAAACAUAUGUGCUCAGUGUACACAUUGUUGUGUUUUUUGUUCUAUCAGAACAAAUAGUAACAGCGGCCAUGUCAUCACUAAACCAACGCAGUUAGCACUAUGUACUAGGCGCCUCCAUACGCACCGGAACGGCUGUAUUGCAGUUUACAGUUUUUACAGUUUUCUAGCACUCGCUUGCCUAGUAGAAACUAACCGUACAGUCGCCACGAAUAGCAACACAUAACCGCAAUAUAAUACUUUAUGUGUGAGCCGCAUCUUUUUCGUAUUACGUUGCAGUAUUAAUGCGCGAUUAAGUAAUUGUCCGCAUCAGAGUGUGUUGAUGCGGAAGGUACAGUAGCGUACGAGUUUGUAGCGAAAACAAACUUUUCGAAUUAAAAAGGGGACAUAAGCAAGGUCAGAUUAGCACCCUCGUGUCUCGUAAAGAAACUUGCUGUAGCUGUGAGAGCUGCACGUGUGUUUGUACUUCUAUUGCAGGGUUUCCCAGACAGUUUUCAAUGUGGACAGCAUUAUUCACUGUUUGUUAGAUGUUUUCCAACAACUGUCACAUAUUGAUUUUUCGACACAAAUAAUCAGAUCAUGCUAAACAAGUUAAACAAAACGCCUAUCAAAAAGAAUCCAAAUCAUGGCGUGUUGAAAAUCAUGUGGAAGAACUGAAACACUAUUGCAAAGAAAAUGAAACAAGUGAACAAUGCUGUUCACAUUGGAACACCGGAACUCCAGAAACGCAGAAUUUUAUUUUUUGUAAUGCAUUCCAAUGUAUUCACAACAGCACAGGUUUAAAAGUGUGCAACAAAAACUACCUAGCGGCUACAAAUAAAUCAAAUUCAGUGUUCAAAAUUGUUCCCACAGCCGCCAGAGUUCGUGGAGCGAGACAGAAAUCGAGAGUAGUUGGCAGACAUGUUCAACCACCCAUCUGAGGAGUAAAGUGAAAUGGAAAUAAUGGUAACAUUAUGCAUGCAUCAUUUCCGUACUAUAUUUUGUGCUACGUUAAAUCCCAUAGUAUAUCAACAUCAGCUCGAUUAGUGUAGGGUGUUUGCUCUGAAAAAUGAAGCAUAAUAAGCUAAUAGAUAUUAUCGUUUGGUUUUUUAUUGUAAAAAAAAACUUCGCUACCUAAUUCCGUUUAGAUGACAGAAGAAAAAAAAAACCACAUACAGAGAAAUGUAGGAAAGGCUGCAAGCACAGAACAAUUAUGUUUUUCUUGUAUUUUGUAUGGUGUGUAAGUGGUUGUUCGACCCAUUGCUCGUAAAGUACCCGUGUCAAUUUUAGAAAAGUGGGAACGUUCCCUCUGCCCCGCGUGAGCGCCCCACAAUUCCCCGGCUGGACCCGGCACAAGGAGGUGGAAGGAUAGGACGAAAGAUACAGGAGGAUACAUACUAUUUUUUAAAAAGCAAAAAUUAUCACCACCGCCAUCGAAGCUACUCGUUUUUUAGAGCAAGCUCAGUAUGAAUGUUAGAGCUCAGCAGGUAUAGACAAUAAUCGAUGUACGCAGUCGCCGUUCCUAAGCAGCGCGGCCAGCAGGAAAGAGAAAGGGUUUGCGCCGACCAGCCGUGGAUGUAUGUGUGUGUGUGCGUGUGGGUGUGUGUGUGUGUGUGCGUGUGUCGGUGUGUGUGUAUCACUUCCCUACCUAGUGCAAGGCAUCUUAUGUACGAACCACGAAAGGUUUUCAACUUUAAACUAGACGAGUGAAAAGGACAAUAAUCAAUUACAAGACAUCAAGACAUUCACUGUUCCAGAGGUGUUUAGCUACAAUCAUUAAAAGACAAAGACACACACACAUGCACACACGUAGAGCAACCAAUUUAAAAUUCUACGUUGCAUUGAUGAUGAUAAUGAUGGGCGGAAAAUGGGGAGCAGGAAGGCUCGAUUGACGCUAAUAAGUAAGCAAAACAGGGACGGAAAUUUAUCCUCCAACCGAAGGGUGUGUAGUAGUUGCGUUAGUAGGCUCGGUCACAUUGGACCGGCAGAGUAGGCUGCUGUGCAAGAGUGUGUUGGUUUUACGCCACCGUAAUGUAACUAAAUAGAACGAUUAUAUACAUGCAUACAAAAUAUAUACACAUAUAUAGACACAAGCACACAUACACACUCCUUCAUGUAAAACGUUGAGGGUAAAAGCUAAAUGUACAUGUGUGUGUGCGUGUGUUGCCAAAACGAAUUCACGAUAUGAGGGAGGCAAACCCUCUACAUUAGUCCUUAACCACUCUCCCCUCCUCCACUUCCAAAUGAGCGUGCGGUACAGUACCGUCUCACCCACCCACCCACCCACCCACCCACACACACACACACACACUCCAGAGAUCGCUGUAUACAACGUAAAAAAGAAAAAAAAACUUUAAAUCCCGCAACCAGAAAAUGCGAGUAACACACAAAUAAGAUGUAUUUAAAGUUAAAACAAACCAAAACAAACGCCAUCACCGUAAAAUGAAAAACUAACUGAAAUAUGUGCAAUGACAAUAGACACGAAUCAAUUGAAAACCAGAAACUAAUGAAAAAUAAAAUUGUAGAACGCUUUUUAUGUAAGAAAAAUCAAA